AUGUCAUCAGCGACCCUCGACAGUGAAGCUGCCUUCAAGGAGAGAUGCCUGAGGAUAGGUAUGACCAAUGAGCUCUACGCAAAGCUGCAGUCCGCCGGGUACGACACCUUCGGAAAGAUUGCUUUCGCGGCCGCCAGCUCUCCACAGGCUCUCACGGAUGAGGCCAUCGACGUAUGGCUAGCUUCGGUUGUGGACCCAAGGCCUUCCCCUUUCCAGGUGUCGGUGGUGCGCCGUCUGCUCUUCGAAAGUCAGUCUCUCAACAUUGCUGACCUGAAGUCAAGGGUGGAAGGGCAACCGGAGAACACCAUCAAGAAGCUGCCCACCGCCGAACGCUUGGCUCGCCAGGCGGAGCAACAGCACCGCUUGAAAGGAGUGAUCUUCACCGUGGCCAACAUGCCAUCGCAUUCUUCCAUAGACCAGGUCACCGACAUGCUGGAGAACAAUCUGCUCAGGUACCUUCCCAUAAACCGAUGGACCUCGAGGGCUCAGGAACUGAGUUUGGCCAAGAAGGACACUUCCAUCCAGCUGGACUCGGACGGGACAUUGAAGUUGGGGGCCAAGACUCCCGACUCUGUCUGCGAUACAAACGGAGCAUAUGCAUUGAGGCAAGCGUUCUUUCGGAGGUCCCUGGCGAUGGAUUUGGGGCAUGUUUGUUCAUUUGAGGUCAUGGAAGAAUGGGUCAACUCCUUGUUCGAGCUAACCCAGCGUGCGGUGCCGACAGGUCACGCUAAGGUGUCCCUGUCUCAGAUCAUCAGUGCAGACCGGGAGCUCUUUGUGAGGGCUGCCAACAACUUGGAAGGGAAACUUCAGAAGCCCGUUGGAGCAGCCAAGCCGUUGGAUGCCGAACUCAAACGCCUCUCCGAGUCUCAUGAGAUCACUCAGUUCCUCACCCCGCUGCUCCUGCCGCCACCGCCUGCUCACCCCACGAAGCGUCCAAACGAGGGCGCAGAUGAUAAGCCUGACAAACCCACACGCAAGAUCAAGGGUAAGGGGGAUAAGGGAGGCGGCAAAGGGAAGCUCGAGCUCUUGAAAGUAAAGUUGAGGGCCAAGUCUUUGGAAGCGGAGGAGCGGUCCACGGCAGCCUUGAGGCGCAGGGCUAUGCUCACGAGAUUUUCAGUCUCCACGGCCGAGGAGAUAAAAGCCUUGAGCCAAGCUUCCAACGAGGAAGUGUCAGAAGGGUUCCUGGAGGGACCGUAUACGGAAAGUGAGGUCAGUGAUCUUUUGGGCCACUCCGAAUGGGGUACCAUCCCUAGGUUCAUCCUCGAGCAAGGCACGGAGAAAAAGAUCCGUCCCAUCGAUGAUGGACAUGCGUCCCAGGUUAAUGAUGCAUACACUGCCACCAUAAAGUUAGAAUUGCAGGGGUCUGACUAUGUGGCGAGCCUAGCCAUCUUCAUCUCCCAGGCCGAGUGCGACCGAGCUCGCCGCUUGGGGGUGCCCCCACGCCCGUGGGUGGGGCGCACCCUCGACCUGAGCAAAGCAUAUAAGCAGCUGGGAGUGCUGCCACAGCACCGGGAUAUAGUAGUAAUUUGCCAUCGGGAUUCUUCAGGGAAAAACUGUUUUUACGUGGCCAAUAGCUUAUUGUUCGGACUAUCCGCUUCGGUGUAUGGGUUCGUGAGAGUGGCGAGAAGCCUCCAAUUUCUUUUGGCAAAAGUCUUGAAAAUUCCGCUGGCAAACUACUUUGACGACUACCCACUGUACUCCUUGAAAGAGGGAUCUUCUGAACUUGAUGAGAUGACCUCCGAGCUGCUCACCCUGCUCGGGUGGAGGUUCGCGCAGACCGGCACCAAAGGUCGGCCAUAUGACGCAGUGUUCUCAGUCUUAGGAAUGAACAUGGACCUCAGUUGCCUUCAUCAAGGCACCUUGGUGAUGACUAACAAAGAGGGGAGAGUAGAUCGCAUAAUCUCACAACUGCGUGAAAUAGCAGACCGAGGCCAGCUUGGACGCCAUGAAUCCCAGAUCCUGUUAGGCCUCCUUAACUUCGCGUCGGGCUUCUACGCUGGCAGAUCCUUGAAGCAGGCUUGCCACACUCUCCUCACCGUGGUGAGGGGCAAAACUUUGAGCCCCGACGAGGUGAAAAGGUUCUGCAAACAAACUGAGGUCGUCUUGUCUUCUACUCCUCCGCGAGCGCUGAGAAUUUUUGACCCUUUACAGCCGGUCCACGUUUGGACGGAUGGAUCCUGGGAGGCCCCUUUGGCAGGGCUAGGUGCAGUGACCUUCGACACCCUGACCGGCAAAGGCAGGGUUUUUCAGGGUCAGGUUCCUGGGGAUUUAAUCUCUUGCUGGCUGCAGAGCGCGGGUUCCCAGAUAAUUUGCGAGGUAGAACUGUACGCUCUGGUCACCAUCAGACGCAUGUUGCAAAACGACUUCUGCGGCAGGAGAGUUAUAUUCUGGCUUGACAAUGAGGCAGCACGAGCAGUUGCCAUAAAAGGAUUGAGCCCCAGUGAGCCGAUGUAUCGGCUGGCGCAUUACCUUGCAGUCAUCGACUCCGAGGCCCCGUGUGUGGCUUGGGCGGAGCGCGUACCAUCUUUUUCUAACGUAGCAGAUCCCCCCUCCCGUGGGGAUGGCAACAGCAUUCUACACCUGGUGAACGCAGAGCGGGUGGAACCCUUCGUUCACGACAAAGAUUCGAACUUGAGAUUCCUGCUGCAAGGAGCCGCGUGA